GAGUCCAAAAAUUUGCAAUCUUUAGAUAUUUUCAUCCCUAGUCCCCUUCAUUCUUACCGAAUAAAAAUAAAGAAAGGAUGGAAACAUCAAUCCACCCCCUCUCAAUCCACCCCUCUUCCAAUCCACCCGUCGUGGUUGUUCCGUAAUUUCGCACGACUUUUCCCGCUAUCCGUCUCUGAUAAAAGCUUAGCCAGCUCUAUUCCAACUUAACCAUAAAAACGAACAAAUCAGAAUCUAUAGUAUUCAAAAUCCAAAAGCCUUGAGGAAAACCAAGAAACCAGAGCGAAAAAGAAGAAGAAAACCCUUUUCUUCAAUCUUCCAUAGAUGGCUAUCUGGUUGAUGAUUUGGUAUUUAGUGUUAUUCUUUCUCUCCUUUUACAUCGGCCUCCAGUUUGGUAAGCAAAACAAUUUAAAGAUGAAAGAGAAACUCUUAACCAAACCUCCAAACACUUUAUGGCAUAACUCCUCUGAGUUUGGGCCACUUAGAAUUCCUCCUCCUCCAUUUCCUAUUCGCCCUAUCUUUUUGACGGUCAAGAACCAGUUACUUGAAGAAACUGAGCAUCUUUCUCACCCGCUUGACUACGAUUUCUACCGCGACUCAUGCCCCAACGCCGAGCGAAUUGUUCGAACUGUGGUUGAACAUUUGUAUCAAGUCCGCUCCGAUAUGGCCCCUGCACUCCUCCGCCUCAUCUUUCAUGACUGCUUUGUUCAGGGAUGUGAUGCCUCUGUGUUACUGGAUCCCUCCGAUGAAAUUGGUUCGGAGAAAGAGUCUCUUCCUAAUGAAACUUUGAGAGGUUUUGAUUUAAUUGACACAAUAAAGUCAAAGCUUGAAGAAGAAUGUCCUGGGGUUGUUUCUUGUGCUGAUGUUCUUGUUUUGGCCGCCAGAGAUAGUGUUGCCUUGUCUGGAGGUCCCUUCUAUCCUGUAUAUACUGGUAGAAGGGACAGUGUUGCUGCUUACUCAAACCUCGCAAGGGAUGUUCUUCCUUCUCCUCAUGAUAACAUUUCCCUGCUUCUACACACCUUUGCAUCUCGGGGGUUCGACGAAAGAGAAACCGUCAGUCUUUCUGCUGCUCACAGCAUUGGAGUGAUCCGGUGCAAAUUCUUCGAAAAUCGUCUCUAUGACUUCGAUGGGAGUCAUGAGCCUGACCCAUCUAUGGACCCCGAAUUGGCAUCUCUUUUGAGGAAAAAAUGCCAAAAAAGUAGUUCCACAUCUUCUGAAUCACAGCCUUGUUUCUGUGAUUCCUCAACUGAGGAGCCAGGAAUGCUUAUGAGCGAUGAGGGAUCAGCUUUCAGUACCCAAUACUAUCACAGCAUCUUGCAAGGCAGAGGAAUCCUCUAUACUGAUCAGCAGCUGAUGGCAGCCGAAGCAACUGGGAACUGGGUUAGAGCAUAUGCUGCAGAUGCCUUUUUAUUCCGCCGAGACUUUGCUUUGACAAUGAUGAAGCUCUCAGACCUCCAAGUCUUGACAGCUCCAACGGGUCAGAUCCGGUUCAGUUGUUCAAAAGUAGCAUAAGGGAGAUGAAGAGAUUGAGGACUGUAAAUAAUUGUGGCGUUUUUUAAAAUGUAAAAUUUAUCUUCAUUUUUCUCUUGCUAUUACAAAGUUUUACCAUACCGAAUAGCGACUGGAGACAUCUUAAUCACUAGGGAUACUUAGUUCAAACAAACAUUGUAAAAGUUAGAUAUUUUUUCAAUGAAAUUGAUAGUAAUGACAAGUCUUCUUUGAGCUUUA